ACUAAAAAACUCCAACCUUAGAAAAUAAAACACAAAAAAAAACCCUAGAAGUUAAGUAAGUCGAGUCAUAUUAGUAUAAGUGUAUAACAAUCAACCAUGGUUGCAAGAAGUGAGGAUCUUGCUCGGACGGCGCAAAACACACCGGCGAAUAGUGAUAAUCUUGAUCGGAAGGUGCAAGAUACGGCGGCGAAUUGUCUGAUGCUGUUAUCGAAAGUUGGAGAUGGCGGCGGAGGAGAUAAAGAGAAACGUGUUUUCCGAUGCAAGACUUGUAUGAAAGAGUUCUCAUCGUUUCAAGCUUUGGGAGGCCAUCGCGCAAGCCACGGGAAGCCUAUUAACACUAGCAGCGAAGAACAGUCGUCGUCUUCGUCGUCACUUUCUUCCGGAUCCAUCACUAAGAAGGCCAAGAAGACGACCUCGCAUACUUGUCCGAUUUGUGGCGUUGAGUUUCCGAUGGGACAGGCUCUUGGUGGUCACAUGAGGAAGCAUAGGAACGAGAAAGAAGGCGGCGCGUUGGUUACACGCUCUUUUUUGCCCGAGGAGACGAGUACGGUCACGACGUUGAAGAAAUCGAGUAGUGGGAAGAGAGUUGCGUGUUUUGAUUUGGGAUUUGAUUCGAUGGGGAGUAUAAUCAAUUUGAAGUUGGAAUUGGGAAGAACGAUUUCUUAAAUUUUGUCUUCUUUCUUUACUCUAUAUUGAAUAUAAUACUGUAGUUCCUAAUUCGUUAUAUUUUUAGUAUUCUAGAUUAGCAUCUUGCAUAAACUUUUCCAUUGCUUUAUAGUCUUUAUC